CUGAGGUCAGACGUGAAAGACGAAAGUUCAGCUGUCUGGUUUGGGAUCUCUGCUGGUCCGGGACUGUCCUAGAAGCCAACCGAGGCAAUGACACGAUUUAAGUACUCCCACCAGGUCCCUCCCACCAUGGGUUCCCCGCCGGCGCAGUGGCUGCCACACUGGGAGACCGGUUACCUGCGGACCGCCUGCCUGACCCUGCUGGCCAUCGCUGUCAUCCAGCUGGUGUUCAGGUUCAUCCGUGCGUUGCUAUGGAAACGGUACAUGCGGAAAGUUCUGGCACCAUUCCCAGGAAUGCCCGCACACUGGCUGUUUGGUCAUGUGAGAGAGGUACGACCAGAUGAAUCCGGUUUCACCAUCGUGCCACAGUGGGCUGCCAAGUUCAAGUACGCCUUCCCCAUCUGGAUUGGGCCGUUCCGAGUGGUCCUGAGCCUCGUGCAUCCCGACUACAUCAAGGAGAUCGUCAACUCACCAGAACCAAAAGACAGGGUAUCAUAUGCUUGGCUGAAACCAUGGAUAGGAGAUGGGUUGCUGGUCAGUGAGGGACAGAAGUGGUUCCGUAACCGACGACUUCUCACACCAGGGUUCCACUUCGAUGUGCUGAAGCCUUACGUCAAGAUCUUCUCUGAAUGCACCAACAUCAUGCUGGACAGGUGGGAAGACCUGGCACCUGGCACACCUGUGGAGAUGUUCCACUACGCCAGCGCGAUGACCCUGGACAGCCUGAUGCGCUGUGCUCUCAGCGUGCGCGCCGACUGUCAGCAGGACGGGGACAGGAGCCCGUACAUCCGAGCCGUGUACGCCCUGACCAAGUGCGUGGUGGAGCGAGGCCGCUACCCGCCAUUCCACAUUCCUCUCAUCUUCCACCUCAGCCCAACUGGCUUCAGGUUUCGAGAAGCGUGUAAGACUGCCCAUGACUUCUCUGAUGGAGUCAUCAGAAAGCGGCGUGCAGAGCUCCUGCAGCAGAGUUGUGAGCAGACAGACACAGCCAACAGCUCUGAGGAAGGCCCAGCCAAAAAACGAUACCUGGACUUCUUGGACAUCCUGCUGCAAGCCAGGGAUGAAGAUGGGAGGGGUCUGUCAGAGCGUGAGAUUCGGGACGAGGUGGACACCUUCAUGUUCGAGGGUCACGACACGACGGCCAGCGGCGUGUCCUGGAUCUUCUACAACCUGGCCAGACACCCUGCCUGUCAGGACAAGUGCCGCAAGGAGGUGGACGCUGUGCUGCAGGGGAGGGAAGAGGUCAACUGGGAGGACCUGUCCAAGCUUCCUUACACCACCAUGUGUAUAAAGGAAAGCCUGCGGAUGCACUCCCCUGUCCCAGGUGUCACCCGGCUCACCACGCAGCCACACACCUUUCCUGACGGGAGAACCAUCCCCGCAGGUGUUACUGUGAACAUUGGAGUACACAGUCUUCAUCAUAACAUCCAUGUCUGGGGAGACAAUGUCAUGGAAUUUGAUCCCGAGCGUUUCUCAUCCGAGAACUCCAAGGGCCGAUCUUCCCAUGCCUUCAUCCCUUUUUCUGCAGGAUCUCGGAACUGCAUUGGCCAGCACUUUGCCAUGAAUGAGCUGAAGGUCUCCGUCGCACUGAUGCUCCAGAGGUACCGGUUGGAACUGGAUGAGACCAGACCUCCGUACCGGGUGGCUCGGCUGAUCACCAGGACCAGGGACGGUCUGUGGCUGAAGGUCUACCCCAGGGGGGACAACUAGGGAGACCCACGUGGA